AUGGCAGUCACCGUGGCACUCAAAGAACAGUGCCAAUACACCAGUACUGAACACUGGUGUUUAUGUCAGAACGCCACACAAAAUCGUCCAGCUGUACCAUCCUUUCAGUGCCUAACUGCCAUGCCACCAGAAGAAAGCAAGAAGGCUGGGAUAUUGCUAGGUUGCUCAAGCCUAGACAGGGGAAUUCGAGAAGCAGAGGUCGGGUUUGAACCACGGACCUUCCGCACUGAGUCAUGGAAAGCAACUGCUUUGAGUCGUGCAUUUGUCUUGCCCAGCUACAAACCCGCCCGAUUUUCGAGGGCUGAGAUACUACCAGGUUGCCCAAGUCUUGAUAAGAAAAGCCGAGAUGCAGAGAACGCGAAUUCGCUGACCGGAAGGUUUUUGGUUCGAACCCGACCUUUGCCUUUGCCUCUCGAUUUCCCGUCUACGUUUGGGCAACGUGGCAGUAUCCCAGCCCUGAUGCUUCCUGCGAUCGGCAUAGGAGUUGGGUGCCGAAAGGGUGCUACAGCUGAAAGAUUUAUUUUAUAA